CCAACUGUGUUCAGCUCUGCUCUGCUCUUUACCGGAUACACGAGCACGCGGGAGGCUUCCGUCUGAAGGAAUUUUAACCGCACUUUCUCUCUCCCUUUCCUUUUUCUUUCUGUCUUUCCACGCCGUUAAACGGAAGGAUUGGAAAGGGGGGGAAUCCGGAGAAGAGGAGAAAACAGACACAAAAUUAUAAGGAGCGCCAGAGGGGCGUUUUUAAGGAGCCUCGAGGCCAGGAGAAUGCAAGAAUCAGGAGGGGAGUAGAUCUUUCGUGACAUAAUUCCUCUAGGGGGAAACAGAAAGGAAUAGGGGAAAAGUGGGGCAAGGUGACAAAGAACCAUGAACUCCUUCUGUUGUCCACAGGAUGCCAGAUAGCUGUGACUCGCCUCACCGUUUGAAAGAAAACGUUCAUUUAUCUUACCUUUUCAUCCCUUCGCUUCUUUGAGGAGUAUAGAGUGCUUCAACUCUGCUGAGACACUGGACCAGUAAAGAGUCUAAUUGUAAACAAAGUUGGAAAAAGAUUUAGCACAUUGCGCCCAUUUUUCAUCCCUCUCUUGCAAGUCUCGAGAGCACCCACUGAUGGAGAGACGAAGGAGAGUGUCUGGAAAGAACCGAGAACGAAGCAGAGAGUGAGAUUGAGGAGAAAUUGAGGGGAGAUCAAGCGAAGAACAAAACUAAAAAAGAAUCUGCUGAGUCUGCCAGGUUUGGAAUAAGGCUCUUGGACAUUUGGAGUAUACUGCACUAGACUCCAUUACAAAGUCCCCCUUUUGGAGAAGGACCAUUCUAUUCGAACUUCUAUUGUGCUCAGUAUUAAGCUGAGUAAACACACUAAGAAAGCCCCAAAGCAAGACUGGUGGAGCAGGAAUUAACCCAUAGAACACUGUUGUGAGCUAAUUCAGACUCUGUCAGGGCUUAUAAGAUGACUAGACAGAGCAAAACUUUCCAGUGGCCCUUGUGGUCCUUAGUUUUAGCUGGGUGCUUCCUCUCGGCCUGGUCUCUGGAGUUUGGCGGAGCUACAGGUCAGUGGGCCCGCUAUGGCCGCUGGGAAGCUGGCUCAAUUGGAGAGCUUAGCUUCAGCCUGAAGACUAACAUUAGCAAAGCUCUUGUGCUGUACCUUGACGAUGGAGGCAACUGCGACUUUCUGGAGCUGCUAAUUGCAGGAGGGCACCUACAAUUACGCUUUGCCAUCCACUGUGCUGAGCCUGCCACCAUUCAAAUGGAGACCCGUGUCAAUGACGACCGCUGGCACAUGGUCCUCCUUACCCGCAACUACCGCGAGACCAUGCUCAUGGUGGACGGUGAGACCAAGGUGGCCGAAGUUCGCUCCAAACGCAAGGAAAUGGCUGUGGUUAGCGAUCUCUUUGUUGGAGGCAUCCCGCCGGAUGUUCGCCUGUCCGCUCUGACUUCCAGCACGGUGAAGUACGAGCCUCCCUUUAUGGGCCUUAUCUCCAACCUGAAGGUGGGUGAGAAGCCCCCUACCCUGCUCAACAGCCAAGGCAUUCAAAGCGACCUGGAGUACCUUUGUACCAAACAAAACCCGUGUCUGAACGGAGGAUUCUGUGUCGUCCAGUUUGGAGAAGUGCACUGCGAUUGCUCCCACACACGGUUCAGAGGAAAAUACUGCAAGGAAGAAGAAUACUCCGUGGAAGGUCUGGCGCACCUGACGUUAAACAACCAAGGUGACUCAUCCCAAGUGGCAGGUAAAGAGGAAUCAGUGGCCACAUUCAAAGGCAACGAGUUUUUCUGCUAUGACCUCUCGAUGACACCUAUCCAGAGCAGCACGGACGAGAUCACCCUGUCCUUCCGCACGCUGCAGAGAAACGGCCUCAUGCUCCACACAGGGAAAUCUGCGGAUUACGUGAACCUGUCUCUGAAGAGCGGCGCCGUGUGGCUGGUCAUUAACCUCGGCUCCGGAGCCUUCGAGGCACUCGUCGAACCCGUCAAUGGCAAGUUUAACGACAAUGCCUGGCACGAUGUGAAGGUCACGCGAAAUCUGCGGCAGGUGACCAUAUCAGUGGAUGGUAUUUUGACCACCACUGGUUACACGCAGGAGGAUUAUACUAUGUUAGGCUCGGAUGAUUUCUUCUACAUCGGAGGAAGUCCCAACACUGCUGACCUCCCUGGAUCACCGGUCAGCAACAACUUCAUGGGCUGCCUCAAAGAUGUUGUGUACAAGAACAACGACUUCAAGCUGGAGCUUUCCCGGCUGGCCAUUGAGCGGGACCCCAAAAUUAGUCUCCAUGGCGACCUGGUGUUCCGGUGCGAGGAUGUCGCUGCCCUUGACCCCGUGACCUUUGAGACACCAGAGUCAUACAUUGCCCUCCCGCGCUGGGACACCAAGAAAACCAGCUCCAUCUCCUUUGACUUCCGUACCACAGAGCCCAGCGGCCUGCUGCUUUUCAGCCAUGGGAAGCCUCAGGGCACCAAGGAGCAGCGGCAUGGCCGUGAGCUGAAGACAGAUUACUUCGCCAUGGAGCUGCUGGACGGAUACCUCUUCUUGCUGAUGGACAUGGGUUCUGGCAGUAUCAAACUCAAAGCCAGCAAUAAGAAGGUCAAUGAUGGGGAGUGGUGUCACGUGGACUUCCAGAGGGAAGGAAGGAAAGGUUCUAUCUCAGUAAACAGUCGUACCAUGCCCUUCAACUCCAAUGAGGGCAGUGAGAUCUUGGAUCUGGACAGUGAUAUGUACCUAGGUGGGCUACCUGAGUCUCGGCAGGGCCUGGUGCUGCCCCCCGAAGUUUGGACGGCCCUGCUGAACUACGGCUAUGUAGGCUGCGUACGGGAUCUCUUUAUCGACGGGAAGAGCCGUGACGUCCGGCGGCUGGCUGAGAUCCAGAGCGCCCCCGGAGUCAGCAGCUUCUGCACCCGUGAGCUCCAGAAGAGGUGCAGCAGCACCCCCUGUGGCAAUGGAGGAGUCUGCAAGGAAGGCUGGAACCGAUACAUCUGUGACUGCACAGGGACGGGCUUCCUGGGCAGCAACUGUGAGAUAGAGGCCACAGUGUUGAGUUAUGAUGGCAGCAUGUAUCUGAAGAUCAUCAUGCCAGGCACCAUGCACACAGAGGCUGAAGACCUGGCCCUUCGCUUCAUGUCCCAACGCGCAUAUGGCCUUCUGGUGGCCACCACCUCCAAAGAGUCUGCAGAUACACUGCGUCUGGAGCUGGAUGGCGGCCGUGUGAAACUCACUGUUAAUCUGGAUUGUAUCAGGAUAGACUGUAACCUCAGUAAGGGUCCUGAAACUCUGUAUGCUGGUCAGAAGCUCAAUGAUAACGAAUGGCAUUCUGUGAAAGUGGUGCGCAGAGGCAAGAACCUGCAGCUUUCUGUGGACAACGUUACUGUGGAAGGUCAGAUGACUGGUGCCCACACGCGCCUGGAGUUCCACAAUAUCGAAACGGGCAUCAUGACGGAAAGACGUUUCAUCUCCGUCGUCCCCUCCAACUUUGUUGGGCACCUACAGGGGCUGACUGUCAAUGGCGUGCCCUACCUGGACCAGUGCAAAAAUGGUGACAUCUCCUACUGUGAACUAAACGCCCGUUUUGGAAUGCGCCACAUCAUUGCUGAUCCGGUGACCUUCAGGAGUAAAGGCAGCUAUUUAGCGCUAGCUACGCUGCAAGCAUACGCCUCCAUGCACCUUUUCUUUCAGUUCAAGACCACCAGCUCCGAUGGCCUGAUCCUCUACAACAGUGGAGAUGGAAGUGACUUCAUCGUGGUGGAGCUGGUUAAAGGAUACGUCCACUAUGUGUUUGACCUGGGGAAUGGACCCUCUCUGAUGAAGGGCAACUCAGACAAGCCAUUGAAUGACAACCAGUGGCACAAUGUGGUGGUUUCCCGCGACACCAACAACAUGCACACACUCAAGAUCGAUUCCCACACCGUCACCCAGCACUCCAAUGGAGCACGCAACCUGGACCUUAAAGGAGAGCUGUAUAUAGGUGGUGUGGGGAAGACUAUGUAUAACAGUCUGCCCAAGCUCAUCGCGUCCCGGGACGGUUACCAGGGCUGCCUGGCGUCCGUGGACCUAAAUGGCAGACUGCCAGACCUGAUCGCAGACGCCCUCCACAGGGUGGGCCAGGUGGAUCGAGGAUGCGAUGGACCCAGCACCACCUGCACGGAGGACUCCUGCCAUAAUCAGGGAGUGUGUCUGCAGCAGUGGGAGGGCUUCUCAUGCGACUGCACCAUGACGUCCUAUGGAGGCUCGUACUGCAGCGAUCCUGGGACUACCUACAUCUUCGGCCGCGGAGGAGCCCUCAUCACCUACACCUGGCCGCCCAACGACCGGCCGAGCACGCGGGCAGACCGGCUGGCGGUGGGCUUCAGCACGCAGCUGAAAGAGGCCGUGCUGGUGCGGGUGGAGAGCGCCAAAGGACUCGGAGACUACCUGGAGCUUCACAUAGAGCGAGGGAAGAUCGGGGUCAUCUUCAACGUGGGCACGGACGACAUAGCGAUCGAGGAGAGUGGGGUGGUGGUGAGCGAUGGCAAAUAUCAUGUGGUGCGCUUCACUAGGAGCGGCGGAAACGCCACACUGCAGGUGGACAACCAGCCGGUCAUCGAACGCUUCCCAUCAGGUCGGCAGUUGACAAUCUUUAACAGUCAGGCGUUUAUAAAGAUUGGAGGUGGUGAGAAAGGCCGUAAUUUUCAGGGUCAGAUUUCGGGCCUGUACUAUAAUGGGCUGCAGGUCCUGAAGCUGGCGGCUGAGGGCGACCCCAAUGUGCAGGUGCAGGGGAACCUGCGGCUGGUAGGGGACGUCCCCUCUGUCCUGACCACAGACACCACCUCCACAACCCCGCUGGCAGAUAUGUCCACCACCAUCAUGGAGACCACCACCACUAUGGCCACCACCACCACCCGCAAACAGCGCUCACCCACCAUGAGAGACAGUGUCACACAGAAUACGGACGAUCUGCUAGUAGCAUCAGCAGAAUGUCCUAGUGAUGAUGAGGAUCUAGAGGAGUGUGAGCCUGGUGGAGGUGAAUUAGUGUUGCCUAUUAUAACCGUGGAUUCCCUAGAUCCCCCUUCAGUCGCAACACGCUACCCCGUUAUCCCUCCACCCCCCACCUACCACCCCUUCCUCACACUGCUCGAGACCACCAAAGAGUCUCUGUCACUGCCCAAUGGCCGGGCUCCGUGCCCACUGGACCAGGAGGACUGUGAGGAGGCAAUGGAGGUUUCGGCCUACGGCUCAGGUGAGAUGACAGAGUCAGACGACGAGGACUAUUACAAAAACUCACCCCUCGUCACUGACCGGACCGUACUUCCGCCUCCCCCGGCAGCUGAGAACACACGAGGGGACCGCCACUUCUCUCGGCACCCCGAUUCCCACCGGCCCCCACUCCCCUCCACCCCCACUGCUCAUCCAGAGCAACUCGUACCACGACUCAAACCCGGCAUCAAUAGUGGCCCCAAUAUCCCGGCAGGGAAAAUGAACACCCGCGAUCAGGUGCUUCUACCCCCGGUACAGCCUUCUGGGGAUCCUGAGCAUGGCGGGAGGCACAGGCACAUCCCUGGUGUAACCUACCCCCCAAAUUUCCCUCAUAUCCCUACCACAGACCCGUCGUCUCCAGACCGAGGGCCCCCAGGAGCAGUGGAGGUGAUCCGAGAGUCCAGCAGCACCACAGGGAUGGUCGUAGGAAUAGUAGCGGCAGCCGCCCUCUGCAUCCUUAUCCUGCUCUACGCCAUGUACAAAUAUCGCAACCGCGACGAGGGAUCCUACCAGGUGGACCAGAGUCGCAACUACAUCAGUAAUUCAGCCACACAGAGCAAUGGUGCGCUGGUCAAGGAAAAGCAGUCUGGCACAGCCAAAACAGGCACGAAGAGCAAGAAGAACAAAGACAAGGAAUACUACGUCUGAGCUCGGGCCUGCCAGGGAUGGAGGCAGAGGAAAAAAGAGAGAUAGAAAGAGAGAAAGAGAGGGGGAGAGAGAGGUGGAGGAAUAAUAGUAUAUGUAGAGAGGUGGCAAAAGAUCAGGUAUUUGUUGGCACUUUGAGGUCACAUUUCGAGCAGUAUAAAUCCUCUUCUUUGUCACCCUUCCUGACUAUUUGUCUCCAAAAAGAAGGCGAAAGGUAUGAAAGAGAGAGCAAGUGGGGUUAGGGUUGAUUCUUCUAUUUCCCAAUUUUUGAUAGUUGAUCCUUAUUACAGAUUCUGUCUUUUGUACAGUGGGGUAGCUGAGAAGUGGAUUUUUUCCAUCAUAACUGUUUGACACUCUAGUUAGCUCUUUGUAAAUGCUGUGUUAGUCUUGGGUCUAUGGGAUCAUCACCUAACCUGAUGUUGCAACACCUAUAUGUGCCAAGCCCAGGGGAUUCCUUUGUUCAGAAAACAUUUUGUGAGGCUAGCUGCACCUCAAGCGUGUCAACAGCAUUACUGUUGCUCGACUCCAGGGGAUUCUUGGAUACUGUUCAAAAUUUAGGAAAAAGUUGGAGUAAGUAAUAUUUGACAGAUAGAUGGAGACCAAAUAGUUCUGCAGUAAUGCUGCUCCAGAAUACUGCCAAACCAACUCUGUGUCAAAUCUGCCUCCCUCUCUGCUACAAGUAUUCAUCUCCUACUCCUCUCUCCUUUCAGUCUUUCUCUCUCUCCCGUGUUGGCUCGUGCUCUUAUUUCCUCUCCUUGUCUUUGGUGCUCAGGAGCUGAUGCAACAUAACUUCUGCUGUGUUUCAAGCAUGUAGUAUUCAUAAAUGAAAAAGAGACAAAAACUGUUUCUGUGGAGUUAAAAAAAUAUAUCAAAAAAGUUGCAAAACGAAUAACUAGCGAAGCGUGAGAACUACUCGACAUCCACGGUUGCUCCGUUUAGCCACCGAAACUCUCCAAGGCCCGGCUGUCCUACGUUCCAGCAGAUUUUCGUCAUGUGUUUUGGGGGUUCCAUGUCGAGCCCUUCUUGAGGAUCCUGAUUCCUGCUCUCAGUUCCAUAUAUGAAGAACCGGAAAAAAAUAACAUCUCACAGCAGCAAACUGACUUUGUUCUAAAUAUAAAUAUAUAUGUAUAGACGUUUGAGAAACUCAAGGACCUCACAGAAAAGGAAAUGGAUGGUGAUCGUUAGGUAAUAUCAGUCCACUGCUUUGAGAUGACAACGAACUGUCUGGUCGUCAGCGUGAGUCAGUUUCCCUCUCCCUGUGCAUUUCUUGAACAAGCCACAUCGUAACAUGUCCAUGAAAAAAGAAAUGGUACAGACAUAACAGAACAGCAGAACCUACGGACCAGAGUGCUUGAAUUUCUGUUUGUUUUUCUUUUAUAUUUUGUCAUAAGCAAAAAGGGAAAAAGACGUUUAUAGGAAAAUGUGCGCCCUGUUGUUUCAGCAGUGGGGGAACAUGAAGGUUCAUAAAUAGUAGUCGGCAACCAUGUUCUUUUUUCACUGGUACAGGACUCAAAAAGACGGACUGUAUCGGCACGAACUUUUAACAACCAUUAAAAAAUAAGUAAAUAAACACUCAUGUGAAGGUUGAAGAUGACGACCCGUUCCUUUGAGGAUGUACAACUUGAACUCUAGUAUUCCAAUUUUCUCAGCUCUAUUAAAAGAAUUAAAAUAUGAAAAGAAAAGAAAAAAAAUCUUCAAAAAAAGUUUGUGAAAUGUCUAAAUAUUUGAACCUCAUCCCAUUGCUAAGAUUAACAGAUGUGUUUCCCCGACUUAAAACCCCUGUUUGGAGAAAAAGAAACAUAAUAAUCAGUGAUCCUGGGAAGCAAAUUGAUAUAUUCCUAUUUGUUCAAAAGAGCAAAAUGUAAUCUGGUUUACAAAACAAACAUUACCUUACCAAAUGUGUUUUUUUGGUUUUUUGUCAGUUCAGGAGACCAGUCUUCUGCAUCAUAAUGUCUUUCUCUAUUUUUAAUAAUUUUCUGUGCAUCACUCAACAUGGCAGACUGUAAUCCUUCAGGGUCCUUCCAUUCUUUUUUUCCUAGUUUCUUUUCUAACACUCUGUUGCUCUGAAAUCUCUUCGAGAUGUUAUCAGAGCAGCGAUCAGCGUGUAUGUGUGCGCGUCUGCGUGUCUCUCACCUUUUUCAUGUUUUCUGCUGACGUUUGACCUGUUUUUUAGUUGUACUCCAUCGCUGAGCCUUUCCUCCCAGCACCCUCCUGUUCUUUCUAAAUGUUCUUGUAAAGUGUUCCAGUGAGAUGAACCUAAAUAUGUGUAUAUUAACAGAAGGGAAUACAAUUGGUUAUAUACUUCUUA